GUUGUAACGGCUACUUCCCCAUUUGUAUAUUUCCCCCAAAACUCAAAAAGAGAAGAGAAGAGUCACCAAUCAAAUCUUUCUUCUACUAUUCUCUCGUCUUCUCUCUUCUCCAAUCGAAAUUUUCUCCAAAGGUUUUUGCUUAUCUGAUAAUCUUCUUCACUUAGUCUGAUACAGCAAAAUUGAGGAUAUGAUUAAAGCCGCCAUGGAUCUCGGUUGCUUGGAUUUGGGAUGUCUUUCUGACAAGAAAAGCGGCGUCGGUGUUUCCGAUCAUCUUGAGUGUUCGUCUUCACCUUCGAAACUUGGCAAGAAUAAAUCACCAAGAGAGACAUCAGCUCUUAGAAAAUCACAAUCAAAGAGGUCUUCUCAACGUAAAACCUCACCUCUUGGUUGGUUCCCGCGAAGAAAAGGGGAUUCCUACUUGAAUAGGAAGAUCAAGAAGCUACAGGAGGUUGGUGGAAUGAAUCAGACUCUUGAUGAGACUCUUGGCGAUUCAAAUCCACACUACUGCAAAAUUGUAAGAGAACAAAUGGCUGUUAGAGAGGCUGCGGGUAAGGCUAUGGAGCUUCGCAAAGCUGCUCUGGUUGAAGCAUCUUGGUGUAGAAUACUUCGUGCUGCUAGGAUUCCAUGUUUGGAAGCAGAAACUUUGAUGGAGAAUGCAGAAAAAGCUGCAGUGGAAGCUUUUGAAGCGGCAUCUGCGUUGGGAGUGAUAAUGCAUGAUAAACCAAAUAGCUCGAGGAAACAAUAUCGAAUUGAAACAUCAGGUACACAUGGAAGGGGAUCUCCUACUCAUACCGUUACAGCAUCUUUUGAAACUGCGUUUGAUGUUGAUAAAGAAGUAGCAGCUGCUGUUAAAACUGCAUUUGCUAGGCUUGCAAAUUGCCCCUCUUUUAGCAAAGCUGAGAUUAAAGACCUUCUGAAGAAAAUCAGCGAGAAUCCUGAUGUGCGUGAUAAUCAUGAGAUCACUGAGAUGUCUUCAGAAUGCGACACAGAGUCUGACUCUGAACUCGGCAUUCUCCACAAGGUCGAUGAAGAAGUGGCUGAAUGUGAGGAGACUUCGUAUUUCAAAAUGAGACAACUAAAAGUCAAGAGGCGGCAGUCAUUUGGGAAGUUUAGCAGGGAGAAACUAGUGGAAUUGAUGCUGGAGAGGCUUCAGGGCUUACAUGAAGAUCAACUUUCAAGUCUUGCCUCUGUAGUUGCUACUUGUGGUUUAAAUGAGGCCUUGGCUGAAGUUAGUAGCCAGAGGGGACAGACCACAAGCUUCGAACCAAUUGUUUCAGAUACAAGAUCAAGAAGAGAUUCUAAAUUCGGGUCCUUAAUGGAAGGAAAAACAACAAGGGAUGGAACAGAGACAGAAAUUCCGAGUUUGGACAAGUAUCUAGUUAAGCACAUGACCAAAUUAGAAAGAGAAGUCCAUGAAGCCAAAAGGGUUUCAAAGGAAGUAUCUGAGAAAAACAAAAAGGUUCCUCAAGGUGUUGCAAGUGAUCCUGUUCCAGAUUUGGGAAGCAUCCUUGUGAAACACUCUUCAAGGCUUGAGAAAGAGAUUGAAGAAGCCAAAAAGAACGCAGGAGUGAGUUUUGGAAAGUACCAAAAGACUUCAAGCAGAAACAAAACACCAUUGGAUCCUAUCCCGGACUUGGAAAGUUUGCUAGUGAAAAAGCAUGUUUCGGGAUUGGAGAAGGAAGUUCAAGAAACUAUAAAGAACUGCGGAAAAAUGUAUGAAAACGUGAAGAAACCGGGAAGAAAAGAUGGUUUGUCUGAAGUUCCAAGCCUGGAUAGUUGUCUGGUAAAACAUUUCUCCAAGCUAGAGAAAGAAGUCCAAGAAGCAAAAAAGAGGAGCAAAGAAGAUCUUGAAGCAAGGAAUUUAGAAACAGUUUCAAGUGUGUUGUUAACAGAAGAACUGGGCAAAGAAAACGUAGACUCUAACAAUAAUAAAGCUGAGGGUCAAGAAGAAAGCCUAGACAUGAUCUUGGUAAAGCCGGUUCACAGAUUAGAAACAGAAAAAAUUGCAUCGGAAGCAGUUUAUGGAAACCGGAGGAUUCAGAAGAGAAAACAAGGAGCAAAAACAGAGUCAAAUUAUGAGAGUUUGGACAAAAUUCUGGUGAAACAUGUUCCAAAGCUAGAGAAGGAGAAGCAGAUGUUCAAAGCUGGUGUAGAAGAGACGGAGAACUCAAAGAGAAAUAAUGAAGGGAGCUUGAACCAGGGACAUGAAAGCAUGAAGGUGGCAAAACCGAUUCUCAGCAGGCGCCAAAUGAGGGAUAAAGAAAUACAAGAAACUUGGGGUGGUUUAGGACUUGGGGAGUCAAAGAACAAUAACCAGAAGAAACCUGAAAGCAAGAAAACAGAAGCUACUGAGAAUUUGGGAGAAGAGACAAGACCGGUCCUAACUAGACGACAAGAGAGGGACAGAGAAAUGCUAGAAGCUUGGGGUGGUUUAGGACUUGGGGACUCAACCUCGUACCAACCAGUUAAUAAGAAUAAAAGGAAACCUGAAAGCGAGAAGAUGGAGACAGCAACACCAUUGCUAACAAGAAGACAAGCACGGGAUAGAGAAAUGCAAGAAGCUUGGGGUGGUUUAGACCUCGGAAACUCGAUUCGACCGAGUCUGUCAAAACUCGAAAGAGAAAAGGCUGCAUGGAUUAAGGCCGAGAAAGAGGAAACGACUCGAGGAAACUAAUAUGGAACAGAACAUAGAACGUAUAGUUGUUUUCUCAUAAUAAAUGGACAAAAGUACUAGAACAAUGGUAAUGGAUCUUCUAGCUAGAUUCAAGAAAUAUUGGGUAAAUUUCAUUUGGUAACAGUUGUAGAAUGUAUGUAAUAAAGUUUUCUUUGUUAGGGACCAAUUUUUUUUUUUAAAAUUACAUCAAUGUGUUGCUCAAUUAGAUAACUCUUUGUAGUAAUAUAAUAUUUU